UGAAGCACUGUUGCUGUAUAGAGAGGCCAGACCCUGAGCUGCUAAGUCCACAAGAGGUAACACCACAGCCCUAAUCCAAAGUUCAGUAAAACAGCAGGAAUUCAAGAGCCGAUUUACCGGGACUCACUGCAAGACGGGUUCACUUCUCUUCGUGAGACUGCAUGGAACCAUGGUUUUGAUGAGUGCCAAGAUGUGUGGAAGCUUUUAAUGAACAAACCUCCAUCCACUAAGAGGCUAUUGGAGAACUGAUCAAUGCAUGAAGCCUAUUGCUGCAACUUGACUGCGCUGGAUUAAACUUCAGUCAUCUUUGUGUCAGAGCCAUGGCGUUUGGGGACCUCUUGGAGAUAGUGGGGAAUACAGGACGCUUUCAAAUUGUGCAUGUAACUCUUUUGGUUAUACCUGUCAUGAUGAUGGCCAGCCACAACCUGCUGCAAAACUUUGUAGCUUAUGUCCCCCCUCACCACUGCUCUCCACCCACUAACCUAUCCCAGAGACCGCUGAACCCGGAGGACAUCCUGCUUGUCACAGUACCACUGGAUAAUAUGGGGAGGCCAAAAAAAUGCCAGAGAUAUGCCUCUCCACAGUGGCACCUGCUGGACAAUAACAGUACUGUAGCAGCAGAGGAACCAGAGGUCAAAGAGGUUGAGUUGCAGGAUUGUAUAGACGGAUGGAUGUACAUCAUGAAUGAGAGGGAGUCUAGCAUUAUAUCAGAUUGGGACAUGGUGUGUGAUCUGCGCUCCCUGAAGCAGAUGUCCCAGACAGUGUACAUGGGAGGAGUCCUGGUGGGGUCGUUUCUGUUUGGAAGUCUGUCAGACAGAUAUGGUCGGCGCAUGCUGCUGAUCGUGUCCUACUUGUUAAUGGCGGUGUGUGGCACGUGCGCAGCCUUCUCCACCUCCUUCUCCCUCUUCUGCCUCUUUCGCUUUGGCUGUGGCAUGGCUCUGUCAGGGCAGAGCCUCAAUAGUUUCUCCCUCAUUCUGGAGUGGAUCCCGACACAUGUCCGCACAGUGAUUGGCACAUUAACCGGCUACUGCUACACGUGUGGACAGCUCAUCUGGGCACUCACCGCUUACUUUGUCCGGGACUGGAGGUGGCUGACUCUGGCCGUGUCUCUGCCUUUCUAUGUUUUCUUCCUCAUUUCAUGGUGGUUUCAUGAAUCCUCCAGAUGGUUAAUCCUGAAUCACCAACCUGAGAGAGCCAUUAAAAAUCUCAAGAGUGUGGCCAGAAUAAAUGGACGACAUGAAGAAGGAGAGAAAAUUGAUCUCAAGAUGGUGCAGGAGUCCAUGCAGAAGGAGAUGUCCAGUUCAAAUGGGACAAUCACCCUCCUGGACCUCUUCAAGACGCCCACCAUGAGACGCAUGAGUCUAAACCUCGCAGCAGUAUGGUUCUCAACCAGUUUUGCAUAUUAUGGUCUUUCAUUGGAUCUACAGAAGUUUGGCGUGGACAUGUACUUGAUCCAAGUCAUCUUUGGUUGCGCCGACAUCCCUGCAAAGCUCGUCAUCACCAUCACCAUGAGCCGACUUGGCAGGAGGCUGUCACAGGCAGGAGCUUUGAUCUCAGCGGGAAUCUGCAUUUUAGUGAACCUGCUCGUACCAUAUGAUCAAGCCAUUGUACGCACAUCUUUGGCAGUUGUGGGUAAAGGUUGUCUGGCCGCCUCCUUCACCUGCUGUUAUCUAUACGCUGGAGAGCUCUACCCCACCAUCAUCCGUCAGAAUGGGAUGGGUCUUGUUGGGAUGAUGGCACGUGUGGGGGCGAUGGUGGCCCCGAUGGUGCUGCUGGGCGGAGACUACAUCUCGUGGCUGCCUGGUCUGAUCUAUGGAGGGGCUCCUAUCCUCACUGGAGCUGUGGCCAUGUUUCUCCCCGAGACACUGGGCUGUUCACUGCCAGACACCAUCCAGGAUGUGGAGGACAGGGGGAAAGGUGGAAAACCCAAAAAGUCCAAAGAUGUUGCUGCAGUUCAGGAUAAUCUUUUAAAACAAGUGACUUGAGUGAAAAGGAGAAUGUAAGUAAUACUGAAUACUGUAUUUGAACUUGAAUGACUGUGACAGCGCUGGACUGUUUCUGUAUUUAAACAGUUGUACGUAUCCUCUCACUGAAGCUGUGAUGUUAUGUCUGCACAGGUCAAAACCACAUUCAUUAUU